GACGGUGUACCUUUGUCUGAUACUCAAGUCUACACGCAGUCCUCCAUCUUAUUUUGAGACACAAACAGUCUGCGUGGCCGCGCCGCCACUGGAGUCGUUGAGUGCGCCAGUGUCCGGCUCUCGUGAGUUGUCGCUAUGCCCCGGCGAGCCGAGCCACCCUCAAAUUAAACUGAAACUGGAGCAGCCAUGAACUACCUUGAAGCGGUAGAUGAACCAGGUAGAAUGCACAGUGCAAGCGACACAAGCGGCGCGGAUCCUCCACUAGAAGAAGCACUCUUCCUCGAGAGAUUGUUAUUUCUCUACGAACAAAGCCUGAACGAGAUACGUACUUUCGCUCGCCGUGAAGGUCGUUCGUAUGAGGAGGUAAGAACCAAAUAUGCAUGGUAGACGCGAAGGUUGAGGGUCGA